UGUAAGCAGCUAUAAGACACAGUGAUCAGAGCAGAUCACUUCAGACAGGAAAGACUGAAGAGCAUCAUCCCUCUACACACAGAAGGACACAGGACAGGAUGAAGACUCUGAGCUUUACCGGGGGACUCCUGCUGCUGCUCCUCACCGUUUACUCCUGCACUGCCAUGCCUCAUGCGCUGAAUGCACCUGUGUCGUGCUGCGUUCGAUUCUUUACAGGAAGGGUGCCGCAGCCGCAAAUCAUCUCCAUCAUCAAGACUGACAGCAGCUGUCGCGAAAAGGCAUUUGUGGUCAGUACUGCCAAAGGGAUGGAUAUCUGCGUCAGCCAGAAUCUGGGCUGGGCUCAGAGAGCUUUCAACCAACAGCAAGUCAUCAAGGACCAAUGAUACUGUAGUCCUCAUGAUCAAACAUCUCCAGCUACUCAACCUCCAGCCAUCGUAGAGCUCUGUCUCUAUGAUCUUUUUAUUAUAAUGAAAACAUAUUUUUCCAUGAAGCUUUGCACUGUGAACAUUCAUGCAGCUAUUUUCAAUUUACAUGAAAUGAAUUGUUAUAUGCAUUCAUGAAACAAAAAUGAAAAAUAAUAUGUAUGUUGUACAUAACUCAUUCUAUAUGUCACAGAUUUGUGACAUAUUGAAAUGUAUCCAACAGUGAUUUUAAUAAAUUAGUGGUUUCAGCAUUGUUUCAGCAAAGCUUUCGCUUUUAUCUUUUCACAUCUUACAAAGCGAUUCAUUCCUGUAAUGAUCUUUCUCAUGUCUAAAAGUUAACACAAAACAUGUCAUUAUUUAGAAGAGGUCACAAAACAGCCAGUCGGUCAAUAAGGGCCUAGUAAGUGCAUCAU